AUGAACACAAAUAAGUUUAGACAUGGAAAUAUAUUGUCGUUGAAAUUAAGUAACUUUCAGACAUACGAGUACCAAGAGUUUAAGUUUGGACCAGGACUUAAUCUUAUAGCAGGACCAAAUGGAUCAGGGAAGAGUUCUAUUGCCAAUUCACUAGCUUUUAUAUUUAAUGGUACACCUAAGACGAUAGGCAAAUCUAGGAAUAUUAAAGACUAUGUAAAGUUUGGUAGUGAUAGUGCUGUUAUAGAGUGUGUAGUUUGUAAGAAAUCACCACUUAAAAUUAAAAGGGAUGAAGUGAAAUCAUUAAAAAUUGAAGAAAACGAAAAUAUUAAUUUAAAAAGAAAAAUCGGAUUUAAGAAUGGAAAACCGAUAUCUGAGUUCUUUAUAAAUGGAGCUCUUAUAUCUAAUAAAGAAUAUUUUAAGUUUGUUAGUAUUUUGAACAUAGAUUGUAAUAAUUUAACUAAUUUUCUACCACAAGAAAAGGUUAGUGAAUUUGUUAAAUUAAAUAGCAGAGAGCUGUUUACAGAAGUAAGUAAUUUCCUUACUUCUAAGAAAGAUGAUCUAUCUUUAAUUGAAGAUUUAUAUACCUUACAAAAUGAAAUUGAAUUGUUGAAUGUUACAAUUAAUACAGAGACUAAAAAGAUAGAAAGGAUAGAUGACAAUUUAGAUGUGCUAGCAAAAGAAAUGGAAAAAGAGUUGCAAUUUGAAAAUAAUCUUAGAGCAAUUAAGUUACUUAAUUAUAAAGAAAAGUUAAUAGAAUCUGAAAAACUUAAGUAUAAACUAAGUUCGGUAGAAGUUUCUCUCAAAGAUGUAAAACAGAAAUUAAAAGAGGAAGAAAAAAAGAUUGUAGAACUAGAAUCUAAAGUUAAAGAAUAUGAAUCUAGACCAGAACUGGCUAACUAUAAAAAGGUUAUUGAAGAAUUAAGUAGGCAAAAUGACAGAAUAUUUGAAAAUUGUAGUAGAAUGAAUGAAUUACUUAAAAAGCUUCAAAUAACUUACAAUGAAAGAGAAAGAAUUGAGAGUGAAAACAGAAGAAUCAAAGAGGAUAACGAAACAGCUAACAUAAGGAAGAGAAAAGAAGAGAAAAUCCUUGCUGAACUUAAAUCAGAUUUGAAAAAUAAGAUUACUUCAAUUUUAAAAAAAUCUCAAGAUCCUAAUAUUUUUAUAAAUGAAAAUAAUCAACUUAGUUUACCUGAAGAGGCAUUUUGUAAAGAUCAAUCUAAAUUUGAUUUAGUUUUUAAUGAUCUUGAAAAUGAUAAAUUUAAUAUAGAAAAUAUAGAAGCUAUUUUACCAAAAAAAGAAUUUAUUGAAGCUAAGAGACAAGCAAUACAAGAGAAAAAUGAUAAAUUUCAAAGUAAAUCUAAAACAUUACAAACUAAAAUUGAGCAGUUAACUAGAACUAAAAACAAUUAUAACUCUGCUAAGGCACAAAGAAUGGAACUUUUAUAUAAAUUCCAUCCUGACACAUAUAAAGCUGUUGAAUAUUUGAGAAAGAAUGAUAUCGGUGUAGAAUAUUUAGAGCCUUCUUUUCUUCAUAUUGAAAUAGCAAAUGAAUUCAAAGAUGAACUAGAAUCUUUAUUAAGUUUUAUUCAAUUAACAACUUUCUUAUUUAAAAAUUCUUCUGAUAUGCACAAAUUUUCAAAAGUGUUAAAAGAUCAAAUGAAAUUAAAAAUUAAUUUAUCUGUUGCUGAUUUCAGUGAAAUUCAUAUUCCCAAACCUGAUAAAAGAGAACUUGAAUUACUGGGUAUAGAAGGUGUUGCAUUUGAUUAUUUAAUCGCCGACACACCUUAUAAAAAUUAUUAUACAACUACUGGUAUGUUUAAUUACAUACCCGUAUCUAAAAAUAAAAUAGAUGAUCAGAUAGUAAUUAAAACACUUAAAAAUGUAAAAAGAAUGAUUUUUAAUAAGCUUUUUAUUGAGAUAAAAGGAAAUAGAUAUAACAAUGAGAUUAUAUCAAAGUCUGUAGGAAUAAAGCCUAGAGAUUUAUUUAGUUAUUCUGUUGACGUAAGUAAAAUUGAUAAGCAAUUGAGUAUUUUAGAUAGAGAAAGAAAAAUUAAUUUAAGUGAAGCAGAGAGUUUAUUAAAUGAAAAGAAUAACAUAGAAGAAGCAAUAAAAAUACACAACAAUAACUUUGGUAUUCACAAUAUUACUUCAAUAUUACAUAGCAUUGUGAGAGUUGAACAAAGUAUUAAAGAAAUAAGAUUAAAGCAACUAAUUUAUUAUGAUAAAAAUGAGAUUUUAAAUAUAAAGAACAAAAUCAAGUCUGAAUAUAAAAUUUUAAAUAGUGUUUUAGCAAAGAAUAAAAUACCUAAAAUUAACAUAGAUAAAGUAAGAGAUAUUGAAUUAAAUUACAAUAACAAUAAAAGAGAUUUAAGUUUCAAGAAAAAUGCAGUAAUAGAAAUUAAAAAGCAAUAUGAAGACAGAAAGAAGUAUGAGAAAGAGUAUAAAACAAAAGUUAAAGAAGUUACGGAUUUUUUAGAGAGAAUUGAAGAAAAGGAAAAAGACUAUAAUGAGAAGGUUAAGUCAUUACAAAUAAAAUCAGUUACAGGUAGACAACUACAUGUGGAUCCAAUUUUAUGUUUUAAAGAAGAGGUAUUAGAUUUACCUGAGGAUGAGAUUGAUAUAAGAGCUAAGAUUAAUUCACUAACAUGCGCUAACAAAGUUUUAAAUCCCAGAGGUACCAUUAAAGGAGAUUUUAUUUCAAGAGAAACUGAAUAUGAAAAAAUUAAAUUUGAUAUUGAAACAAUGAGAAAAAAAAGAGAUGGAAAAAUUAAAAAAUUUGAAUCAGAUAAACUCAAAAUUUAUGAAAAUUUAAAUAAUAAUUUGAAGAUAGUAAGUCAGCGUUUUCAAGGAUUUUUAAGAAUGUUUGGGUUUGAUGGGUUGUUAGAAUUAAAUUUUGGACAGGAAGAUGAAGAUAAAAAUGAUAACGAUGAAAAUGAUUUUAACAGUGGUAAAUUUUUAAUGAAUAUUUUUGUUAAGUUUAGAGCAAAUGAUGCCUUAAGGAAAUUAUCAGCAUCAAGACAAUCAGGUGGUGAGAAAUCUUUAACAACUGUUUUGUUUUUACUUGCCUUACAUGAUAACAAUACACCUUUUAAAUUAGUAGAUGAAAUAAAUCAAGGCAUGGAUUCAAACAAUGAAAAGAGAGUGUUUGAAGUGCUUAAAACAAUGAGUGAAACUUCUCAAUUCUUUAUUAUCACACCUAAAUUAUUACAUGAUUUUUCAUAUCCAGAGAAUUGUUUAGUAACUAUUCUUUAUGGGGGUGAGAAUAUGAAAGUUUUAGAAAAGUAUGUUUCAUCUAAAUAA